ACGCGUGCUGUGGGCAAUGGAGCGCGCAGUGCAGCAAACAAAAGACAUUCCCCUACACACACCCCGCACCCGCCCCAGCGUGGUGAAGUAUGGUCACGGCAUGCCAAGGCGUUGGCGGCGGGGGCGGGAGGGGAGAGGCGUGAGUCAAACGCUCGACGCAUUUACUGCACCCUGGCACCGCAGACUGUGGCCAGUGCCCAGUCGCCCUCUCACGACGAUGCAGUCUAUGCAGUGUGCAAUGGAUGAAGCGCGCGGUGCGGUUGCCGCUGCACGUAGAGCGCUCGCCUCUCAUCCCACACGAUGCUCUUAACAGUGGCGGUGAUGUGUUCUUUGGAGCGCGAGAAAGAUGCCUUUUCUCACCCUCCCCCCCCUCUCUCCUCUCGGUCCCUGCGUCUCCCCCAUCAUCAUCAUCAUCCUCCUCCCCAACCUCCACCACCCCUCCUCCUCCUCCUUCCCCUCCUCCUCCGCGGUGUCUUCUUCGCAACGAUUUCUCCCAACUUCGCUUAUUAUUCCAUGCGCAAAGAGGGCUCGGUAGCGGUCAAGCCUCGACGUGUCUGCAUCAUCACACACUCCCGUGUAGUAGCAGCAGCUCCAUGCUGACCCAGUAGCAGCAGCAGCAGCAGGCAGCGGUAAGUAGCAAGCAACAACAGCAGCAGCAGCAGCACGCAGCAGUGAGUAACAAGCAACAACAACAGCAGCAGCAGCAGCAGAAGUCGGCGAUUCCCGCGAUGUUGCCGGCGUGGAAGCGAAUGCGCAACCGAUGAGUGCGCUGCACCGUGACUGGCGAUGCUCGUUGUUCGCCGAGGCUCCCUGUGCCGCUGAGAGUUCUUCCAGCGACAGCGUGACGGCUCUUCUACUCCACCCGGGCUCUCUCUCUCUCUCUCUGUGUCGUCUCUCGUGUGGGUCGCUCUUCACUGGGUGGGAUGCGAUGUAGCGCUGUAGCAGGCGGCUGUGGCGGCUUCAGCUCUCUGUGAACGGUGACGCCACGUGCAAGAAGAGGAAGACGGCGGUCCACGGCUCAUCGGACGCCUUGCUAGAACAAACCAAACAACUCCGGCUGGAGUUUGCGUGAAGCGAGGCUACCCCCAUGAAUGCAAGCAAUAGUCGGGCAACGAACGCACUGCGAUCGACAGUCACCGUUGUUCACGCGGCUCGCGAUCGUUGCGCGCUGGACCUUCGGCCGCGCCGAGGACAUUACCGCAGGGAUCAUCUCGACGACAAAUCCACCCUGAGGAGAGCGACAGCGAAUAUGCACCGCGCCCUGUGCCUGCUACUUUGGGGCCAUCUGUUCGCCACAGGACACUCCCUGCAGAUCCAGUGCUACCAGUGCGAGGAGCUGAGACUCAACGACGACUGCUCCGCGCCGGAGAAUGUGGCCAACUGCACCGUGAACGUGCAGGACGCGUGUCAGAAGGAGGUGCUGGUGAGAGAGCAGGGCACCUUCUACCGCAAGUCGUGCGCAUCAUCGGCCGCGUGUCACAUCGCCUCGGCCGGCUACCAAUCGUUCUGCAUGCCGGGCCGAGUGCGCUCCGUGUGCAUCAGCUGCUGCGACACGCCCCUCUGCAACGGUCCCAGGUCGUCGAAGCAUCGAAUCGUCGACAAUUCUGCGGGCGCGAGGCAAGCUCGCCCGGCACUGCUGGCCUGCGCCUACCUGUUCCUAAGCGCGCUCCGCUCUGCGCUCCUUUGGACCGACGUUCCGUCUCGGCCUGCCUACGCGUGGCGAACGCCGUAGCGGACGGGCGACGGUGCUUUAACGGUGAAGAUUUGAAGGCGUCGUCUGGCGAACGCCGCACGAGGCUGGGGGUGGGAAAGAGUUAAACUGUGGUUGUUCAAAAGGUGGGGGAGGGGGCGGUGGGGUGGAAGGUUCUGAUGUUCGUGAUGUGGAAAUUACGCCACUGCUUAACGACCGCGAAUGAGGAGGCGCGUGCCAGCAGCAGGAGGAGCCUGGCUUAUCGUUGACUUGUAAUGGCCUAUCUAUCCACGUGACUGGAUGGCUUAGCUGUAAGGAUUGCCCCUUUGAGGUAUGUCCGCCGAAUGAGAUGGCACCUCCCUUUAAUCCAGCAACAUGGGACGCCUGCAGACGCAUCCUACCAAGAUUGUGUGUUCCGUCUAGAUGGUUCUAUCCGGGAACGUGAUGCGGAUGACACUCACCUGCUCCGUAACGUGGUGAACAAUGUAGCAGAGAUUUUUUCUCCAGGCACUCAAGUUUCCUCUUACAAGAAGAACAACACCAACAAAAAUGCUCCAAAAAGGAUUUGUCCAAAAAUCCCAAAGCAGAACCUUGAAGAUUCCACCAACGCUUUUCCUGGUGAUGUUUUAACACGAAAUAAAUAUAUAUAUAUGAAAGACUUAGCUUUGCGCGGCUUGCUUUGGUGUCAUGCAGGGAGUACAUUUGCACUGACGUGUAACACACCAGGGCAGUGGCUAUGAACCUUGAACGGAAUUGGAAGUCACUGUCGUUGUGCCAUGCUUAUAGGUGUGGUUUAGGUGAUCAUACACCAACCAUUAACUUCGUCGCUGUGCAUAAAACAAGCCAACGGCAUGCCACCGCAACGGUCCACAGUGCAAUAAUAAUAAUAAUAAUGUAUAUUAAGACAAUUAACAUUUAAAACGAUGGUUCCUUUUGACUCCACCACGCCUGGGAAAUGAUAUUUUAAUUCGUCCUUUGUUGUACACACUCGCACGCGGGCAGCUCUCAUUACAAAAUUUGCAGUAAACGACUCGAGGACGAGAGAGAGAGUGGCACUCAGUCUCUCGUUUACAUGCCCCCCCCCCCCUCUCUCCGCCACCGCGAUUGUGACUGCGUCUGAAGACUCCGAUAAACUUUUGGCUCCCUCGUGGGGUAGCUGCGCAAGGAUGACGACUCGGCUCCGUGUCCUGGUGUACGGAGGUUUAAGGGAGUUCUAACGCGGGCAACUAAUCCACUCUUGCGAAGUAUUUCGAUUUUUUUCUUACAUUUUAUAUUUUCUAUGACAUUACAGACAGCGACGCAUCCUUGUGAAAGGCCGAUGCACACGCAUUGUAAUCAAGGUAUUCUCCGGUUGUGAGCCAGUGGAUGGGAAAAUACGGGAAUAAAUAAAUAAAAGAAGGAGAAGUUCUUGUAAAAUAUAGGAUCAUUACAGGAGGGGGGAGGGAGAGGAUGGUGGGAUGAAUUAUCAUCACGGAGUGAAAGUCAAGACGAAAAAGGAAUCAACCAUUGUGGAUCGAAGCUUUCUAGAUUACUGUAAAAUAUUGGGGGGGGGGCAAAUUUGGACAAAACUCUGCUCCCUUCAAAGUCUCGAGAGACGAAUUGGUCAACACGUACUGUGUUUGAGAUUCCGUGCACAGAGGAAUAGUGCAUCAAACAUACACGACUAACACCGGUGCAAGUAUUGUUGAGAAUAACGAGCGAUAUGAAUUUGAUUUCCACAUUGCAACACACAUUUUUUUCUUCCCCACAAACCGUACACAGUGAAUUGAGCUGCUUGCUUUAAUUAGUACACGUGUACUUAUAUUUCCGUUGUAUAGCGAUGGAAAUCAAAUGCACCACCAAGGUUUUUGCUUCAACAAUCACACCGCCGAUCAUGAGUAAUUUCCACUUGGGAUUCUGACGACAAGUGUGACUUGUGCGGGCUGACAGCUUCAGGGUAACGGUACUUAUAUAUUCCGUGGAUGUUUGCAUUUGUGCUUGUAGGGGGUUUUGUUGUUGCCUUUAAUCACGUCAGUUGCUCAAUAAAUAUUUGCAGUGGCAGCUCACCAAUGAAUGGUAAGUGUAACCUGGAAAUAGAUAAUUUACUCGGUGUCAAUGGGGAAAAAAAUAAAAUUGCACAGCAUUGAAGGAUGUUUGUCAUUGCCUAUGAUGGUAAUACGAAUGCACUGAACAUCUGAUCUUUUGAGUAAACAACAACUGAGAACAAGAUAUUGAAUUAAAGUUUGCAUCAAACGAC